AUGGCUGCCAACAAUCUCCUCGAUCGUCUUGUCGGCCUAGCAAUGCUCGUCGUCGCAUCCGCCGUCUUCCUCUACUACUCUGUUUGGACUCUUCUCAUGCCAUUCGUCGACGAGAAGCACCCAGUCCAGAGCCUCUUCCCCCCACGCGUUUGGGCGAUUCGUAUCCCCGUAAUCCUCAUCCUACUCGGCGGCGCGGUUGUUGGAAGCUUCCUCAGUCUGGUCAUGAUUCGGAGUAACCGCAAGAAGGCACUCAAGAAGGCUCAGGCUGCAAAGGCGAAAUAG